CGGGCAAGUCGUAGGCAGACAGGCACGCAGGGGAAAAACCAGCAGUGUAUUUGAUCCAUUUAGCGGCACAUAUACAAAAGGAGGGGGAAAGGGUCUGAAGGUCUGCUGUGCGUCCUGAGUGCACUGAUCAGUUUUCAGGAGGCUUUUUGAUUAUUAUUAUUAUUAUUAUUAUUAUAUCCUUGGGUAUUUUUCAGGCCGGGUUGAGAGACAUGAGCUAAUUGUAUCCUGCACUUUUUUUUUUUUUUGCCUGGAGGGCAUUUUGGAGCCCCGGAGCGCCUCUCUCUCUCUCUCUCUCUGGGUCUCUCUCUCUCUCUCUCUCUCUCUCUCUCUCCCUCCUCCGUAUUAGUGCUCGGUGUUGUGUUUCUCCGCCACGCUGCUGCAUUUCUCACCGGCGCGGCGGCGGCGCGGGCAGCGGAGGCACCAGCGCGCACGGCCGACAUCCAGAAAAUACGGGGGAAAGAAAGAAGGAACGGGUGCAGAAGGAAAAAACUUUUCUCCCCAUGUUUCAGGAUAAUCGCUCCAGCAUGUCCAGGCCGAUGAUCACCAGAUCUCCAGCGUCUCCUCUCAGUAAUCAGGGCAUCCCGACGCCAGCGCAGCUCACCAAGUCCAACGCACCUGUGCACAUCGACGUGGGCGGCCACAUGUACACCAGCAGCCUCGCCACACUCACCAAGUACCCCGAGUCCAGAAUUGGCCGUCUUUUCGAUGGCACGGAGCCCAUUGUUCUGGACAGCCUGAAGCAACACUACUUCAUCGACAGGGACGGUCACAUGUUCCGCUACAUCCUCAACUUCCUCAGGACGUCCAAACUCCUCAUCCCUGACGACUUCAAAGACUUCAGUCUGCUAUAUGAGGAGGCACGGUAUUUCCAGCUGCAACCAAUGCUGGUAGAACUGGAGCGUUGGCGUCACGAGCGGGAGCUCAACCGAAUCUCAUGUCCAUGUGAGUGUGUGGUGGUGCGGGUGGCGCCUGACCUUGGGGAGCGCAUCACACUGAGCGGAGACAAAGCCCUCAUUGAGGACAUCUUCCCAGAGAUUGGAGACGUCAUGUGCAACUCGGUGAAUGCUGGCUGGAACCACGAUUCCACACACGUCAUCCGCUUCCCAUUAAACGGCUACUGCCAUCUCAACUCUGUUCAGGUCCUGGAGCGAUUACAGCAACGCGGCUUCGAGAUCGUGGGCUCGUGUGGUGGCGGCGUCGACUCGUCUCAGUUCAGUGAGUACGUCCUGCGGCGAGAGCUCCGGAGAUCUCAGCGAGGACACCAGACUAACAGGAUAAAACAGGAGCAGCUGGACUAGAACCCAACCCUAGAAACUGCCUCACAGACUUCCAAAAAAUAAAAAUAAAAAAUGGGCCAUGAAGAGAGCAGACAUUUCAGCAGUUGCUGAGCUCUUUCGGACACUUGAAAUAUUUUGUUUUUUGUUUUUUAAGUGAACUUGAAGAGGAAAGCUUUUUUGGUGAAGAUUUGAUGUAUAUGACCUGUGAUUACCUUUGGGAAGAUCAGGACUGUCCAAGUGAGGACCUUGUUGCCAUUUCCAUACAUUCAAAGCAAACGUUAAGACAUCCUGUUCUGUUUGCAGUGCUAUAUACAAUAUAUAUAUAAAAAUAUGCAUAUAUUUUGCUAUUUCAUAUAAUUGACCCAUGGAUGUUUUUUUUUGUUUGUUUGGUUGGUUUUUUUGUCCACCCCGGAGUAAUGUCAUGAAAAGGUUUAUUACACAUCUCAACACAUUGGGAUGUUUUUUGUUUUUUUUAAUUGUCAUUGUUUCAUAAUAUAUCGUCCAAGCAAAGAUUGUGUACUUUCGUUCAAAUAAACU